UUGUUAACUUGAAUUGUACAAAUUCGUGUUUGGCUGGGAAUUCCACUGUAAGUUGCAGAAUAUGACAACUUGCACGAUACAGAACUGGAAAGCAAGAUGAAGCAUCCCCAGCCCCUUUGCCUUUAAAAUGCCAUGGAAGCACAGAGGCUCUCGGCAGAACACCUUAUCUGCUCUCGAAAGCUGUGACUCUUCAUCCUCUCCUUAUGAAGACCCAGGGGAUUGCUUACUUAGCAUACACCAGAGGCAAUGGAUAGGGUGAGCAGCCUCUGCAGCCAGAAACCCCCGGUUCCGAGCACGGGCAAUUCCCCUCCACAUGCAGAGACUUUGGAGCCGAAUUGUGCUGAAUAGAGAAGGCUCCGGCUGAGCGAGCCAUGUGUGCCCGGGAGGAGCAGCCUCUCUGAGAAGCAAUGCAAACACCCCGGUGAGAACUGCUUCCAGGUCUGUGUGGAGGUGAACCUGAGCGGAGCCCGGACGCCGCUAAAGCUCCACUGACUGACAAAACUUUUGAAAUAUGACUGCAGGGAGGAUUUUAUCUCCACCAUGCUGCGAUGCUGGGAUGUGACAGGCUUCCUACCCAGGUCUGGAAGGUGCUUGAUGAUGUUAGGAGUAAAUUCAAGCCCAGAUGAAGAGCGGCCCAAGCAAUGGAGGUGCCAACCCCAGAGCCCGUGUACGUUGACGUGGACAAGGGACUGACCCUGGCAUGUUUUGUCUUCCUCUGCCUCUUCCUGAUUGUGAUGAUCAUUCGCUGUGCCAAAGUCAUCAUGGACCCUUACAGUGCCAUCCCCACGUCCACGUGGGAGGAGCAGCAUCUGGAUGACUGACAGGGAUUCCCCAGACACAGCCAUAGGAUGCUGUGCUCCAGGAGGCCUUUUCCCUCGGGAAGGGCUGACCCACAGCCAUUUCAAGAUAUGCAGGGCAAAGGCAAUUAUCUCCAAGAGCACAUAGCCUAAAUUAUUUUUGCUCAACAGGUCAAGAUAUCAGCAAGCCAUUCUGGCAGCAGAGUUUACUACUAUGCAGCAACUCUUAUUUUACAGUUGUCAUUUUAACUCAAGUAGCACAAGAUUCUCCAGACUUUUCCUAAUAUAACUCUUGGUCUAGCACAGUUUGUCCCACCCUCAAUAUCACCCACAAACCCAGGGUAACCAUCAAUACCAUGAAUAAGCAACUCUGUCUUUCCUGGAAACAGAUUGCUUCAAAUAUUGGUUGCUUCCUCGGUCAUUAUGGGUGCAUUUUAGGAAAGGCCCAGAUUUUAUAUAGCAGAACAUCACUAAGUAGAAGUGCUGAAGUACCUCUGGCUAAGUAGAAUUAUACAAGCAGAUUUAUUCUUGAAUCCCUUGGUUCUGCACUCCCUCCUCCACUGCAGCCAAAUUUCCAGUGACCAGGAUAUGGAAGCACUCAGAAUUAGGGGCUCCUGGACUGCUGUAGACCCCAUAGCACCACCUUGCUCUAUCCUAGUCAUGCAAAAAUCAGGCAUAUCCUCUGUCACAGGCCAUUGGAUUAGUCAGGCCACUGACUUUGAGCUUGGCAGGCACCAAAAAAAUCCCUGGAGCAGAGCCUGGAUGCUGCUGGUGUCAACUACCUAGAACUUGCUGUGAUUUUCAGAGUGAUUCCACAUGCAAUUUCACCCAUCUUUUGCUUCAGGUGCACUUCAGUGGGAUGAGGCAGGACUAGAAAGACAAGGACAAUAAGCAGACUUUUCUGCCAGCUUUGUCAUUCAGACUCCUCAGCAUAACAUUUACAGCAACACACAAUAAUAAGCAUUCUACCUCGGAGAAAUUCAGCUCUUUCAAAGGAAGAUUUUUCCCACAAAUUUAUAAGGUACAUUUCCUUCUCUCAGUUCAUUAAGACAGCUGUUAUGCAAGAAGGCAUAAGUGAGCAUGUGAGUGCUGGAAAUUUAUUCUUUACCUUUGAAGAGUGGGGAAUGCAGCAUUCCAAAGUUCUCUAUUCCUCAGAUUCUAAGGUUUGCUCAUGCCUGCCUUUUCUUUCAUGGCUACAUGUUCAACUUGUGGAAUUGAAAGGAAGCAGUUCUGAGCAAGUACCGUGAACAGACAAGGCUUGAAAGCACAACACUUCAAGAAUGACACUUCUCCAUUUCCCCUCCUACCUGACCCCCAGGUUUUUGCCAUAAGAAAACACACAGUGGGUGAGAAAGGUGGAAGCAAAGGCUGUGACAAGAAAAUUGGGACAUAGACAUUGUAAGGCACUGUUCUAUCUCCGACAGAUUUGUUUGAUGAUCACAAGAGUCAAUUUUUAUGUGCCUCAGUCUACUCAUCAGUGAAAUGGGUGUAACAAUUUCAUCUUGUCACACCUCGUUUUGUCUAUCUAAUAAUACCAGAAAGCACCUGGAGAGCCUUAGAUAGAAACACAGAAAUGAGGUUCUUACUUACAACUCUUCCUGCUAAAACCAGUAGGGAAGGUCUGGCUCUUGUUACACAGCAGGGAUGUUCUCCCCAGGCACAGGACUUGUCCAGACCCCCAUUUACUGUCUCACUGCAGUAUUUUGAGCCAAGCCAAAAGGCACCUGGCUUUUUUACACAGCCCACUGAUUUCUGAGGGUGUAAGGUGCUCAACACUGCAAACACAGAGAUCCCAAAAUAGCAGGCUAUGAGGCAUAUGGAGACUUUUGCAUGGAUCUUUUGAACCACACAAUUUUUGCUGAUCUCCGUUGUAGGAGAUCCCACUCCUGAGGCAGGAAAUUCAAAGAUUGGCUUUCCUCCUGAUGUCCCCUAGCAAGAGACCUCCACUGCUUCCACUACCCACUGCAGAUUGCUCCUCAGGCUGUUACUUAGCCUCAGCUUCUGCUAGCCAGGUAAUCACCAGUAACAGAGCACUUUUCCAGGCUUGAAUGUUAAAUGUUCAUCAUACUUGGAGCAAACUCACUGUUCUCUCUUUUUUGUGGGCAAGUCUAUCUGUACCACAGGAAUGGAUGUCCUAGCUCAAAGAACAACGCUUCUGUUCCCUGGGCUAAACUAUGGAACCUGUUUUUUGUCAUUAAAUCUUGUAUCCCUCUAGUGGGGCUAUUUAAAAAACAAGCAAAAUAACCAAAUGAUGUCCAGGGUAGUGACAUUUUCAGUUUGCAGGUCACCUGGCUGAAUUCACAGCUGAUGCAGAGCAAGGACAGAGCCUGUCCUCACACCUCUCAGUGCCAGCACUCCACUCGGUGUUUAUCUGCAUGCAGGACUCUCUGGCAUUGUCACAUGUCACUGAUAAGCCCCACUUCAGCUAAGGACUUAUUCAGGUGCUUAAGUUUAAGCCUCUGAGCAGGCUGCCCAACUACAGGGACCAGGGUGAGUCCUGUGGCAUGUUCCUGGCAGGGCAGGGGCAGUGGCACACACAAGUACAGCCUGUCUGAAAAUGACAGGUUACAAAUGUUGAGGAAGUGAAUUGACAAAUUUGCUCUGCAAGGAUGGUUGCCACUUUUUUCCUCUCUUUGUCCAGCUGAAAAAAGCUAUUUUAUGGAUUUUCCUGAAAGUCCUAAUGAAAAGACCCCUCUGGGGUCUCUAUUUUCUAAUAAAAAGGCACUUGUCCUCCUGUCAAGUCCAUCCUUCUGUUGAUAAAAAAUGUCUUUAUAAAAAUCUGGAUAUUCACAUACAUGACUUCAUAAAAGUCAACAAGAUCAUUUUUAUAGAGCAAAUGUAAAUUUAUUGAUCUCUUUACUCUUGUGACCAGUGACAGGACUCGAGCCUGAGUUCAAGGAGCCUUUGGACAACACUCUCAGGCACGUGGUGGCAUUCUUGGGAUGUCCUGUGCCAGGCCAGGAGCUGGACUCUGAUCCUGAUGGCUCCCUCCCAACUCAGCAUAUUCUACGAUUCAUUCUAAUUUCUGCCUUUCCCCACUGGUUACAAUCACACAACCUCACUCCUCUUUAACCAAAAGCAAUACUGGACAUCAUGCCUAAGCCAGACAUUUUCUGCUCCUUCCCCUGGGAGGAGAAAAUCCCCCUGGAUUUUCUUCUCCCACCCCAGGUGCGUCGCUGCAGCUCCGGCUGGUCCGACCCCGCUGGCAAAUCCGUGCUCACGGCCAGGACAGGGCUCUGUCAGCAGGAGCUGCAUUGCUGGGCUUGGUAGUAACUUCAGCUGCAUGCAACAAGUGCCUCUGCUAGUUUUGGUUGUUUUUUUAAUCAUUGUGCCAUACUACCAGCAACUGCACUCAGAGGAUAUAAGUCAAACUUGUUGCAAGUGUAUUUAUCUAACAUAAUAAACAGCUUCUACAUGGGAAACCUCCUUGCUGUCUCU